GGCAUUACGGCUUCCCUCUUCCGGUCUCGAGCUGCUGCGGUGUGGAGGGCAGUAGUAAGCGGCGGCAGCGGCGGUGGCUCGGGAGGCAGAAUGUUGGCUACCAGGGUGUUUGGCCUUGUUGGAAGGCGGGCUAUCUCCACCUCAGCCUGUGUUCGGGCACAUGCAGGUGUUGUGAAGACUGAAGAUUAUAGUCUUCCAAGUUAUGUUGAUCGUCGUGAUUAUCCCCUGCCUGAUGUGGCUCAUGUCAAGAACCUUUCUUCCAGCCAGAAGGCUUUAAAAGAGAAGGAAAAGCAACCUUGGAAUAAAUUAUCUUCUGAAGAAAAAGUCCAAUUGUAUCAUAUCAAAUUCAAUGAGACCUUUGCUAAAAUGAAUAAACCCUCAAAUGAGUGGAAGACAAUUAUUGGAGCUGCAAUGUUCUUCAUUGGCUUUAGUGCUUUAAUUGUCAUGUGGGAGAAGCGCUAUGUUUAUGGUCCUAUUCCACACACCUUUUCUGAAGAAUGGGUGGCCAUGCAGACCCAGAAAAUGCUGGACAUGAAGGUUGCUCCUAUCCAAGGAUUCUCUGCCAACUGGGACUAUGAAAAGAAAGAGUGGAAGAAAUAGAUGAAUUGGGCAUUAUGCUUCCUGUUUAUUUGAACCUCUUGUUCCUUCACAUAUGUGUAAUCCUGAGCAUAUUUACUGGAAUGUUCUAUGUAAAACAUUAACAGUGAGAAUAAACAACUGACUUACUUGAAAA